CUCUCUGCUUUUAUCCGCCAUUUCUUUGCGUGUGUUUGACUCAUCGAUAAACUAAGCUAUCCAGAAAAUGUUGGCAGUGUUCGACAAGUCGGUCGCCAAAUGCCCGGAGGCGCUGCAGAGCCCUCGGUCCGGAUCAGCCUCCGCCCUGAAAGAUGGGUUUCUGGCGCAGCAGUUUGCUUCUGUGCAUCCUUCCUCCGUCACUGUCAAUCUUGGCGCUUCUGGUCUAAUCGCCUACUCUCUCGACAGACAGAACCCUCUUCUUCCAAGGUUGUUUGCGGUUGUGGACGACAUUUUCUGCCUGUUCCAAGGCCACAUCGAGAAUAUUGCUCUUCUUAAGCAACAAUAUGGAUUGAACAAGACAGCCAAUGAGGUGAUCAUUGUUAUUGAAGCUUUCAGGACUCUGAGAGACCGAGGUCCUUAUCCUGCCGACCAGGUUGUGAGAGAUAUCCAAGGGAAGUUUGCAUUUGUUCUCUUUGACAGUGCAUCCAAAGCCACUUUUAUAGCUACUGAUCCUGAUGGGAAUGUUCCGUUCUUCUGGGGAACUGAUUCUGAAGGCCAUCUUGUUCUUUCAGAGGAUUCAGAAGUUGUGAAGAAGGGCUGCGGGAAUUCUUUUGCACCAUUUCCUAAAGGUUGUUUUUUCACUUCCUCUGGAGGCUUGAGGAGUUAUGAGCAUCCCCACAAUGAGUUGAAGGCGGUGCCACGUGUGGAUAGCUCAGGUGAAAUGUGCGGUGCAAAUUUCAAGGUCGAUGCUGAUACUAAGAAGGAAUCGAGUGGCAUCCCAAGAGUCGGGAGUGCUGCCAACUGGUCGUCAAAUUACUAAGUUCGUAGCUACUUUCACUGAGAAGGCUAUUAAGUAGGCCUCGAAUUAGUUCUGAUCUGACUUUUCUCCAUCGUUUUUCCGUAUUCAUGACUCCGUUUGCCUUAAUAUGGCUACCAAAGUUUAUAUGGUUAUUGAAAAUUUGAAAGACACGAUUAUGUAAUUGCUCACUAUCAAAACUAUAAGCUGUAACGGCCCUCAGAACCUUCUGGCAUAGAACAUCAAAUAAUACUGCGCCCUUGGGGGCUGAUCUUUUCCCCGAA